AUGGCUCCCAUUCUCUCGCUCCUGACCUUUGGUCUCGUCGCCAUCAAUGGCGCUCUGGCUCACCCAGGCCACGACGUGAAGGCUGAGGCCGCAGAAAGAGCCCAAUGGAUCCAAACUCGCAACCCCAAAUCCGUCCGCAGCUGUGCCAACAACCUCCGCCGCCGUGGCCACCUCGACGCAGCCAUGGUCCGCCGCCAGCAAAUGGCCAACAAAGUCCGCGCCAAGCGCAACAUCCUCCGCCGCGACUUCGCCGAGUACAACAUCUCUCACGCCUCCACCAGCGACGUGACCUUCGGCGACGACGAAACCCUCCUUUUCGCCGAUGACUCUUCCUGCGUCCUCCAACCCGAAGUCACCCAAGGCCCCUACUACGUCGACGGCGAGCUCAUCCGCAACGACAUGUCCGAAGACCAAGCCGGCAUCCCACUCUACCUGGACGUCCAACUCAUUGACACCUCCUCCUGCAGCCCGGUCCCAGCCGUCUUCGUCGACGCCUGGCACUGCAACGCCACCGGCGUGUAUUCCGGCGUCUCCGCCUCCGGCAACGGCAACCAAAACGACACCUCCAACCUCGACAACACCUUCCUGCGCGGCCUGCAACAAACCGACAUCAACGGCGUCGUGCAAUUCGAAUCCAUCUUCCCAGGCCACUACACGGGCCGCGCGCCACACAUCCACAUCCUCUCGCACAACACCAACUCGACGCUGAUCCGCACCAACGGCACGAUCCUCGCUGCCAACGCCACCACCACCUCCGCCUCGCACGUCGGCCAGAUCUUCUUCGACCAGUCCCUCAUCGCCGCCGUCGAGGCCAACGCCCCCUACAACACCAACACGCAGGAGCUCACCACCAACGCCGACGACAGCAUCCUCGGCGAGGAGGCCGCGGAUAUGGACCCCUUCGUCGAGUACGUGUAUGUCAACCCGGAGGAUAUCACGGAGGGGGUUUUGGCCUGGAUUACCCUCGGCAUUGACCCCACGGCUGAUGAGGGGAUUUCGAGCGCGGCGACGAUUUACAAGGAUGGGGGUGUGGCGAAUGCGAACUCGGGGAUGGGUGGUGGACCGGGUGGGAAUGGAACUGCGCCUAGUGGUUCGCCGCCUUCUUAG